CAAUCUGUUCAACAUUUCCGUGCUUGCGUUCUAGUAUGAAUACUGCUAUCUUUCAAGAGAACUCAAAAUCUUUCGAGAUUAUUCUGUGAUAAUAGGAUGAAACAGUUCGUCUCAGCAAUGCAGAAGCUGAACUCUAGGAUUAACAUAUGAAAUCAAAAGCGCUGGAAAAAGCUUGAAGGUCAUUAGAGAUCGAGAGGAAGUGUACUUCUAAUAUUAAUACGAAGAAUCAAAUGGACAACAAUCAGUAGAACGCUCUGAUAUACAACUGGACCAAUCGCCAUCAAAUUGGGGGAAAUGGAGAACGACACGCUUGGCCUGAUGGAUAACAGCAGCUACUACGUUUCUUACUCACAGCGACCAGAAACCUACAUAGUCCCUGUCAUCUUCGCGGUCAUUUUCUUUGUCGGAGUAUUGGGCAACGGCACACUUAUUCUAAUUUUUGCGCGUAAUCGCGCAAUGAGAAAUGUGCCAAAUACUUACAUCUUCAGUCUAGCACUUGGUGAUUUGCUAGUUAUCGUCAGCUGCGUACCCUUCACGUCGACUCUGUACACGGUGGAGUCAUGGCCAUGGGGUGAGGCCAUCUGCAAGCUGUCAGAAAUGGCGAAGGAUGUGUCGAUCGGCGUGUCAGUCUUCACGCUGACCGUGCUCAGUGCAGAAAGGUACUUUGCUAUUGUCAAACCACUACGGAGACAUGUUUCAUCGAAGCCUUUCACAAUCGCAACCGCAAUUUUCAUCUGGAUUGUUUCCUGCUUGUUGGCACUGCCUGCUGUCAUCAACAGCACCAUUCAACAUGAAAUCGUCUCAAAAGACAAGGUCAUCGUAUACUGCACACCUUUUCCUGAAGAAUAUGGGAAAUCCUACUCAAAAUUCAUCGUAAUGACCAGAUUUCUCAUCUACUACUUGAUUCCACUUUGCAUUAUCGGCUUCUUCUACAUCCUCAUGGCCAGAUUUCUCGUUAUCAGUACACAAAAUAUGCCUGGUGAACAACAAGGUCAGCAAUCGAAUCAAAUCAAAGCACGUAAGAAAGUGGCCAAAAUGGUUCUUGCCUUUGUCAUUAUAUUUGUAAUAUGUUUCCUGCCUAUCCACAUUUUCAUGCUAUGGUUCCACUUCGACCCUGAAGCUCAAGAAGAUUACGAUGAGUACUGGCAUACCUUACGUAUUAUAGGCUUCUGUUUGAGUUACAUCAACUCAUGUGUCAAUCCAAUUGCUCUGUACUGUGUGAGCAAAGUAUUUCGCAGAUACUUUAACCAAUAUCUGUUCUGCUGUCUGUACCACCCCAGUCAACAGGACAUGUCACGCAUGAACAUGUACAGUUCCACCUACAGACGACACAAUUCCAUUUCCACAAGUCACUACACCAUAUCCAACGCUGAAAGAACCUGACGGUGCCCAUCAUGCAUUGAGUGUGACAGCGAAUAACUUAUCAAUAGCCUGAUACUUUGCUACACCACUCCUUUGUAGGUACAACAACCUUACAAGUAGACGAUGCAUGAAUUUCUAACCUGGAUAUACAACAUGAUAAUAACAUUCAAAAAAAUGUUGUAGUCUGCAGGAGGAAGUGAUAAACACAAUAUCAAUAACUGAUUUCUCCAAAGUCAUUGUAUUGGAAAAACAUUGCCUCAUCCCACUAUGAGUAACAUAAAACUCCUAUGGAACAUUCAAUCAUCAAUAAUAUUAUCGAUAUUUCCGUCUGUAACAACUCAAAUCUUCCCUACCACUUAUUUGUAAAAUAGAGAGUCACUAUUAUGCGAGCUGAUUCGAAUUGAUGAUUGAAACCAUGUGGGUUAAAUUGAUGGAAUUUAAUAGAGUGAAAUGGAUUCAUUCUUAUGUAUAAUGUAAUCACUCACAAUCAAACUUAGUAUAGCACUUAAACGUUAGUGUUUUUAUGAAUAGUCUCAUAAGACAUGCUUUUGUUUCUUGUUUUGAAUUUCCAUAACUGUAUCCUUGUGAUUAUCAUUUAUCGGAACAGCAACUAUUUAGGUACCAAUUGUAUAAACAAAUGUUACAUGUUAAUUUGUUUUUUUUUUCAAGAUGAUUGAAAUUUUUAUUCUGAAAAGUCUCUCAUCUAUCAGAAAACUAAUUAAAAAUGUAAUUUUGCAUGUUAAUUUGUAAUUCUCAUUUAGAUAAUUAUUGAAAUUUUCAUUCUGAAAGAUUUCUUAACUUGUAAACUAAUGACUUGUUUUAUGCUCAUUAAACAAUAUACUUUCUAGAAUAUGAUUCCAAAGGGAAGUAUAUCAUCUGAAAUCAGUUGAUGUUGGGAGUAUUCGUGAGAAUAAGAAAGAUAGAAAUAGUUGAGAGCCAAAAUAUAUUUAUUCUUGUUGGAGAAGUAUUAAAUUAUCUGUGAUUUGUAACAAGGUUGUGUGACCUAGUCUUAUUAUCAAGUACAUGUAAUUCGUAUACUGUUUAUUGAAUCAUUAUUCAGUGUCGGUAGUAUAAAAUAUGAUAGUAUGCUUCAUAAAUUCGUAACAAUUGUUUGUACUUUCUUUUCAUUCCUCAUUUCUGGAUGUACUAGAUCAGAAAGUUAAAGGGAAAAUCCAUAUUGCUCUAAAAUGCAAUUUCUACUUCAACUUCCACCUUCCAUAUUCAACCAAUAUGAAACGUAAGUGCAUAUGAUUUUUCAUGGAGAUUUCAUUUCAAUAGUAACUAUAUGAAAUAACUGUUCACUCCAUUCUCAUUGUAACGAGAGAAAUGAUGACAAUUGUUUGAGAAACAUCUAUGAUUAAAAUUAUUCUCCAUCAGACGUUUUCUAAUUUUUUCGAUAUCGAACAUAAUGAGACAUCUUUUCAAACUCAAUAAAUGAAUAUCAUGAGUUAUUUAUCGGUUUUGCAUUCUACUUGAAUCGAAACAAGUUCAAGCUCAUGUGCUGCUGAAAUUGAAUAACUUUAUGUUGAAGACGUGGAAUAUAACUGUUGAAAUAAUUUGAAACUAGACACAAUGAUACGAAAGGCUAAUUGUCACAAGCUAUCUGGAAGCUUCUAGGGACUUUCAUCUUAGAAGAAGAUAUAGAACUCAUUGACUUGACUACAGCAAUACAGUGAUUUUUUUCUAAAUUAAUGUACUCUUUUUUUGAAAUAAAGAACCAGAAGUGCAGUGAUGCCGUCGUUCACUAACUCAAUCAAUUUCAAGUAUCGAAUGUGAUUGCAAAGUUGAGCUUGCUGUUGAAUUCACUGUAUAUGAGGACUUUGGUAAUCACGUUUCAAAGUUGAAAUUAAUAGGGAUUUACAGCGUCAUGUGCUAGUCACAGGGGAGUUCCCAAUAUGAUGAGAAAUAGAUGUUCAGAAAAUUUUAGACUAGAAGUCUGGAAUAACUUUCCCAACUAUAUUGAUGCUCCUGAACACACGUUUUUUUUCGUCUUCAUAUGUGAGUUCCUUUGAAGUGCUGAUCGCCGAAAAUAUCGCACUCAUAAAACUAUAAGUUUCACGAUUUGAAACUAGCUCCAAAUAAUAUUGCUGUAUGUAUAGCAGUGGCUGAUGAUUUAUAGCAAAUAAAUAACAAACUCCAUAUCGCAUAUUGACUAACUAAAGCUGCGUUUACACCAAAGUUAUCAACAAAAUGUUAAUAACUUAAUCCUUAUAGAUUCUAUUGGAUUGAACAUAAUUUAUCAUACACAUGAUGAACAUAUGUGUUUGUCAAAUUCCGUUCAAUCUAAUAGAAUCUAUAAGGAUUAAGUUAUUAACAUUCUGUUAAUAACUUUGGUGUAAAAUCUUUAUCGCGUUAUUCAAUACUUGCUAUCCUCAUUGAUCUUGAACAUGUUGCUCCAUAAGUUGCCUCAUAUUGAUGAAUGUGUUCGUAUUUUCUUUUAUGCGUAGUGUCAUGAACAGUUUUAUUUUGUAUGUUUUGAAGAAUUGUGUUCAACGUUACUGUGAUGUUGUAUUGUUCGAAUACCAUUGAGAUCACUGAUAGCUUUACUUAUAAUAUCAAUACUUCAAUUACUAGUCAUCCAUUCAACGAUAAUCCCUAGCUUUUAAUGGGCUUAUUCUCUGUAAAAUAAAUUGAGCUCGAAGAAUUAUAGAUUGAUAAUUAUCAUCAUAUUUUUCCACUCAGUACUAUACUGAAAUGUAAAUAACAGGAUGAAAUGUAAUACAGGGAACUGCACGCUUGUAUGUGAGAAAUAUUUUGAUUAUAGUGUUACAGUAAUUGCUCAAAUUACUUGGUCAUUGUACUUUCUGAAAUCACUCAUAUCUAACAGUUUAUUUCUCUCUUGUGAAUAAAGCAUCAAAUUAUUAUAAGCACAUUACUGCUUCAACUCUGAUCUCGUUCAUAUACAUAUAUUUUAGGAGGUUUCUCGUGAGACAAGAGAAGAUAUUACAAGUCUCCUUCCAACCGUUACUACUCAUUAUUAUAGUUUCAAAUGCAUCUUAUGUAACUCAGAUAGGCUAGUUGAUUGAUCAUGACUAUUUGAAAACAUGAUCAGAUCUACAUUUUUCAAGUAUUAUUAUGGAGAAACUAUUCUAUAAUGGUAUUAUGAAAAAGUUUCAAACAAAGUUAAAUGUAAAACUUUAUCAGUAUUCCAACGUCUAAAUAUGAAAUUUAAUAUUGAUCGUGAGAAAAUAUUUAUUAGAGUAUUAGUAUAGAGUAUAGACCCUCUCUUAGCAUGUUAGCAAGAUUUCUGUGAUGUUUCUUGAAUAUUGUCUUAUUAUAUUUUUAAAACCCGAUAUUGAUGUGAUAUGAUUAUAAAUGUUUUGUUAUUGUAUAAAAAUGUCCAAUGUAAAUAAGUGUAUAAAGUUUAAUAAAGUCUUACUCAACUGCAA